AUGGUGCAUGCGCACAAGGUUGUCUCCCUCUUGCUUCAACUCUUCGUUUCGAACAGAAAGGUAUGAGAAAUCUACUUCAAAAUCUCGAUUUUUUUGCAUCAAUGUGUCGUUGACUUAUAUCUAAUUUCAUUCAAUAUGUAUUUUGUUUUAAGAUGAGUCAGUCAGUUCAAGUUUUUGGACGAAAGGUAAGCAAAAAAUGAACGAAUUUGUGGUUGUUCUAUGUUGACCAAACAGACACGUGCAUUGUAAAUUUGAUAGCGGUUCAACGUUUGGUACAAUUUGCUUAUGUUAAACCUCUUGUAUUUGACAUUGAGUUGUAUUCACGUGAAUUUUGGGGGGAUCACUAUUUACCUCGGAUAGCCCAUUUCUGGCUGUGAAUUAUUCUUACUACUGACCGAAAUUUAGUAAGCUUCUUAUAAUCAACUGGAUUGUUGUUCCCGUAUGAACCUUAAAUAUGGUACGUCAACUGUUCCUCAUGAUCAUAUUGACAAUUAGUAGAGUGUGAGUUAGAAAGUGUACCUGUAUAAAAAAAACUGCAUGGGAUUGUGUCGAAUUUUUUUUUUUGCAGUUUAAUUACAGCACAGAGCAUGAUCAUAGGUGGACUACUGUCCUGAGAACAAAAUAAUAGUAACAGUUGAUUAUAAAUGCUCUCAUUGGGUAUUGCUGUAUCUCAGAAAUCUUUAUCAGAACGAUACUUUUUUGUGUAGUGUGAAUAAUUCGUGGACAAUUGCUUCUAUAGAAAACAGCCACAGCUGUAGCCUUCUGCAAGCGUGGAAAUGGCCUCAUCAAGAUAAAUGGAUGUCCCUUGCACCUAGUAGAACCAUCAACCCUUAGAUACAAGGUAUUUGUUAUUUUUUUUGUACUGUACUUGAAGAUACAAAGUGAAUGUCCCAUGAAGAUGUUUCUUUUCGACAUAACCAGUACCUUGGGAGCAAGGGAAUUUUUGUUUCUUAAGCAUAAGAGAAUUGAGCCUUGAUCCCCAGGUUGGUCAGAACGUCUUGAUGUAGGCCAUUUAAUUCCGAAGUAGGGGACUGAUCUUGCCAUCUUUUAAUUAAGAAUCAAAGGAAAAGCCCAGCAGAGCUGCCGGUCAGAAGAUCGUGGUUUUUGCCAUCUGUGUGCUAUUUAUGUUAACCCUAGAUUCCAGUUUAUGAAAGAACUAUGUGGUUCGUUGGGAGAUUUCAUAAAACUUGGGAUGGCUUAUUUUAAUGUAAAAAUUUAAAAUUGAGAGCAAAGCCCAUAACUGGUUGUGUUUUGUGACUUAGGUUCAAGAGCCUAUCCUUCUCCUGGGAAAGGAUCGAUUUGAGGGUGUUGAUAUCCGUGUGCGAGUUAAGGGUGGUGGUCAUGUGUCAAGGAUUUAUGGUAAGUGUUAGAAGAGCAUAGUAUUGUCUACAACAUUUUUUAAUACAGCAACCACAGGGUGUGAAGAAAAUCAUUUGUACGGCUUGCAAAUUGGACAAGCUGAAGCUAGCAUUUACCAGCCCAGAUGUCACUUCAACUAGCCUUAAAAACAUUUUGAUUAGCAGAAUUGAUUUCACAGUUCUUCUGUCAUUCGAAUUCCUCAAAAAACAUCACUUGCCCAUUGGGUAAGUUAAAAACAGAAUUCACUAGCCCGUAGCCAAAAUCCACUAGCCCCAGGCUAUCAGACACUUCUUUCUUUGCACGCUGGACCAUUCACUGCUGUCACUUGUUGAUUUAGAACAACCUACUAUUAAUAGAUGUCUUAAGCUUUAUGUUUUGUUUUCCCAAUGCAGGUCUCACGGUAAUUUCCACCUUUGUCUUUUCAUAAAUUGUGUGCACAUACAGGCCCAGGGGGGGUACUCGGGAUUUCAAGUGACGGGGAUGAUCGAAUGGAGCCAAAAGUCAAGACCCAAAAAAAUCCCUAGGGCUUCCAGCAAAACCUAAAAAAAAUCCCUGGACCAAAAAUUAACCCCCAAAAAAUCCCAUGCCGAUUUUGUGGCCCUUAAAAGUUCAAGAAAGGAGUAAUGCUAUAACACAAAGAGAAACAUUGGAAAUUGAACACUCGUGUUUGUUUAUUCAUCUCAAUAUAUCCUUUCCCUCAUCUGGCAGUCAUUUGUUUGUACUUAAUUCACAGAACUACGCAGCCAGGGCACUACCGAUUCUUUUCAAUACCCCCCAAAAAAUCCCUACUCAAAUCAAGCUACCCAAAAAAAUACUUGCCAAAUUUUCACACCCAAAAAAAUCCCGGAAUCGAAAAUUUCAAACCCAAAAAAAUCCUUCGAUCAUCCCCGUCACUUGAAAUCCCGAGUACCCCCCUGGGCGUACAGGAGGCAGAGUGGCCUUAUGCUAACUAUCUUUUUUAUAACUGAUCAAAGUAGGUUAAGUUCAAUUUUAUCCGUGGUUCAAAUAUUAUUUUCCGCUGUGUCCAACUCAUUAAACUCAUCAACAUAGAUGAGUGUUAGGGGGGGGAAAGUGCACGAUUUAAGUUGACAGAGCCAAGGGCUGUAGCAGAGAGCAGUAACCACGCAGGCACCGUCACACUGCUAACCAGUGGAACCUAGAAUACUUACCAUAUACUUACCAAAGGGAGGGUAGGGAAGGGAGAAAACAGGCUAACAAGCAUUAACAAUGAGAAGCAACGUGAACAUAAUGGGCUAACCUCAGUUGCCAAGCUGUAAAAGCAAAGGUCCCUGCGAAGCUAUUAGGGCACCCUCAAAAAUGUGAGAGACUGCUGGCCAGCAUUGUCUCGAGUUUGACUCAGCCUGAAUUUCAUUUAGCAUGUAUGUUGCUCCACCCAGAAACAAAGGACAUUAAUUUUAAACUAUGAGUAACAUGGUGUGGCAAAGUAAAGUUAACUAAUUACUUUUUUUUUUCUUUAGCAAUCCGUCAAGCCAUAGCCAAGUCUUUGGUAGCCUACUAUCAAAAAUGUGAGUACACUGCCACUUAUACAGUGUAAGCCCUCCAGUUAUGGGCCUUUUUACCUCUAAACAAAAAUGUACAUCCACUGAUCAGCACCUCUCCAAAUGUAUUGAAAUGAAUUUGAUUUAUUAUGACAUUUUGAAGCUUAAUUAAACACCAGCAAAUGCUAAAGCUAUUUUUGAUCAGCACUACUGUAGCUUUUUUCAAAGUGCUUUUUCUAUUGCAGUUUUAAGCCCCCUUGGAUAUAAGCUCCUCUAACAAAUAAUUAUAAGCCUGCCCAAAGCCCCUUACAAAGAUGUAGAAGCCCUAAGCAGCAGCUUACUUAACCUUCAGAAGGCAGGCUGGACCAGUCAACUAUUGUUUCAGCUACCAUUCCUCGUUACACAAAGUAAACUGUGUGUGUCCCUCGACUCUGCAGGAAGGGAAUGUCUUUGCAUAAGCUAUUGAAAUAUUAGGGAAAACUGGGAAUAAUCACACAUUUUUCAAACAAAAAAGUAAUAACAGACUUGUGCUCAAAAAUGACCUGUCAGAAGCUGCUGUCAUUUCACCCUGGAAGCAGAGCUGUCCUUUAACCAUUCAUGGUUUGUUGGAUUUUUUAGUUGUGGAUGAGGUUUCCAAAAGAGAGAUCCGUGACAUCCUUGUCCAGUACGACCGUUCCCUACUUGUGGCAGACCCACGCCGUUGCGAGGCCAAGAAAUUUGGUGGACCUGGUGCCCGAUCUCGCUACCAGAAGUCUUACCGUUAA